AUGACGCCACACCCCCAAAAAUCCGCCCACACCUCCUCCCUCACCAGCCCGGACUCCUUCUGGGCCGAACCCGCCCACCGACUCCACUGGCACAAACAACCCUCCCAGACACUCUCCCGACACACCAAGACCCUCCCCAGCGGCGUAACCCACGAACAUUGGUCGUGGUUCCCCGAUGGAGAGAUCUCCACCACGUAUAACUGCGUUGAUCGGCAUGUCCUUGCGGGGAGGGGCGAUGAUGUGGCGAUUAUUUGGGAGUCGCCCGUCACUGGCACGGUCGAGAAGUAUACGUAUGGGAGGUUGUUGGAUGAGGUGGAGGUUUUGGCGGGGGUUUUGAGGGAGGAGGGUGUGAAGAAGGGGGAUGUCGUUAUUAUUUACAUGCCAAUGAUCCCCGCCGCCCUCAUCGCCGCACUAGCAAUAACCCGCCUGGGCGCCAUCCACGCCGCCGUCUUCGGCGGCUUCGCAGCCCAAUCAUUAGCGCAGCGGAUCGAAGCCGCCCGUCCCCGGGCUAUCAUGACAGCCUCGUGCGGGAUCGAGGGGUCCAAGGGCCCAAUCGAUUACCGCCCGCUAGUCGAGGGCGCGGUGCGGCUGAGUAGCUUCAAGCCGGACAAGGUUAUUGUCUGGCAAAGGGAUCAGCUGCGGUGGAAUAACCCGGAUAAACUGGGUGGACAGCGGAAUUGGCAGCGGUUGGUGAAGAGUGCGCGUAUGCGUGGGGUGCGGGCGGGUCCGGUGCCGGUGAAAAGUACGGAUGGGUUGUAUAUUAUCUAUACCAGUGGAACAACUGGACUACCCAAGGGUGUUCUUCGUGAAGCUGGCGGCCAUGCGGUGGGUCUGGACCUCUCGAUCCGGAUGCUCUUCAACAUCAACGGGCCCGGCGACGUGAUGUUCUGCGCCUCGGAUAUCGGCUGGGUCGUCGGCCACUCGUACAUCCUAUAUGCGCCGUUACUAGUCGGUGCGACAACGGUCCUCUUCGAGGGUAAACCCGUCGGCACCCCGGACGCAGGCACGUUCUGGCGUAUCGUGGAAAAGCACAACGUAAACACUUUAUUCACAGCACCAACCGCCAUGCGCGCCAUCCGAAAGGACGACCCCGGCGACAAACUCUUCGAAGAAGUAGGUGCCCGCGGCGGCCUAAAAACUCUCCGCGCCCUCUUUCUAGCCGGCGAACGCAGCGAACCCAGCAUCGUCCGCGCAUACCAAGACCUCCUAACCAAACACGCCGCGCCCAACGCAAAGGUAAUAGACAACUGGUGGUCCUCCGAAUCCGGAUCCCCUAUAACAGGCCUAGCCCUAAACACCACCCCCAAAGCCACACCCCUCCCCAUCCGCCCCGGUUCCGCAGGCCUGCCCAUGCCAGGCUUCGACGUCCGCAUCGUCGACGACAGCGGUAACCAAGUACCACCAGGCACGAUGGGAAACAUCGUCCUCGCCGCACCACUCGCACCAACUGCGUUUACUAGCCUGUUCGAAGACGACGAGCGGUUUUACCGCGGGUAUUUGAAACGGUUUAACGGGAAGUGGAUUGAUACGGGGGACGCGGGGUUAAUCGAUACAGACGGAUACGUACAUAUCAUGUCCCGCAGCGACGAUAUAAUCAACGUUGCCGCGCAUCGCUUCAGCACGGGCGGCAUCGAGCAAGCUAUCCUCUCGCACCCGGCCAUUAGCGAGGCCAGUGUGGUUGGAAUCCCGGAUGCGCUGAAGGGCCAUUUACCAUUUGCAUUUGUCCAUCUGCGCACUGGUCCUGGAGAUGACUCUAGUGAUAUCCCGGCUGCAAUCCCGGAAUCUCUCUUCAAAGAAAUCAAUGCAUUGGUGCGGGACCAAAUUGGUGCUAUUGCUUCGCUGGGUGGGAUUAUUCAGGGCCGCGGUAUGAUUCCGAAGACUAGGAGUGGGAAGACGUUGAGACGGGUUUUGAGGGCGUUGGUGGAGAAUGGUGUGGAAGGGCGGUUUGAGGAGGGUGUUAGUGUUCCGCCUACUGUGGAGGAUUUGGGGGUUGUGGAUGUUGCGAGGGGGAGGGUUAAGGAGUACUUUUUGGAGAGGGCUAAGGCGAAGGCGAAGCUUUGA